AUGCCAGGCCCAGCCGCCGUGCCAAUUGGCGGCGGGGAGAUCAACAACGUCAGAAAUGGUGUCAAUGGCCAUGCACCGCGCACUCCUCCGAUAGCUGGCCUAUCUCUCACCGAGUACAGUACAACCCCAUCGCCCCCAUCUGGGCGCGGACAAGACAGGAUCAGACAGAUCGUGCCGACCGAAUUCAUCUUGCCUAGUGGGCACCCUGAUUACCUCCGCUUGAUACUCACAUCAAGAGUAUACGAAGCAUGCAAAGAGACCUCGUUAACCCUUGCCACAAACCUGUCGAACCGACUAGAAUGUAAUGUCCUGCUCAAGAGGGAGGACGAGCAGCCCGUGUUCAGCUUUAAGCUGCGCGGGGCUUACAACAAGAUGGCCCAUCUCGAUCAGGGGGAGAGCUGGAAGGGAGUUGUUGCUUGCAGUGCGGGGAAUCACGCCCAGGGGGUUGCCUACUCGGCUAGGUUGCUCAAGAUACCUGCGACUAUUGUCAUGCCCUCGGGGACGCCGAGCAUCAAACACAAAAAUGUGUCCAGGCUAGGCGGUUGUGUCGUUCUUCAUGGCGCAGAUUUCGAUGCUGCCAAGGAAGAGUGCGCGAGGCUAGAACAACAACACGGUCUGAUCAACAUCCCGCCGUUCGACGACCCGUAUGUCAUCGCCGGACAGGGGACAAUAGGGAUGGAGCUGCUGCGGCAGACGAACAUCCAGAGGCUCGAGGCUAUAUUUUGCUGUGUCGGAGGCGGCGGCCUUAUCGCUGGCAUUGGUGUCUACGUCAAGCGCAUUGCGCCGCACGUCAAGAUCAUCGGGGUUGAGACCGAGGACGCCAACGCCAUGGCUCAGUCUCUGCGGCAAGGAGGUCGGGUCGUGCUCAAGGAGGUUGGCCUGUUCGCUGACGGCGCAGCAGUCAAAACGGUUGGCGAGGAGACUUUCCGAAUAUGCCAGGAAGUGAUUGACGAUGUUAUCGAAGUGAAUACGGACGAGACCUGCGCGGCCAUCAAGGACGUAUUUGAGGACACUCGUUCUAUCGUAGAGCCCGCAGGCGCGCUAGCACUCGCCGGCCUGAAGAAGUGGGUUGCAGCAAAUCCUUCGAGCGACCCGAACCGAUCCGUGAUAGCGAUCACGAGCGGCGCGAACAUGAAUUUUGACAGGCUUCGCUUCGUAGCCGAGCGAGCAACUCUCGGCGAGGGCAAGGAGGCGCUCCUCUGCGUUAGCAUUCCAGAAAAGCCGGGCUCAUUCCUCGGGCUGAUCAACAACGUGAUGCCGCACGCCGUAACCGAGUUUUCUUACCGCUUCUCGACGGGCGAGAUAGCGAACAUCUUGAUCGGCAUAUCACUGACCGGUGCAGCCUCGGAGCGGGUACGAGAACUGCAGGCCUUGGUGGAUCGAAUCAAUAGCGCGGGCAUGACGGCGACGGACCUCUCUGGCGACGAGCUCGCCAAGUCACAUAUCCGCUAUCUCGUCGGCGGACGAUCCGGCGUCCCGGACGAGAGACUGUAUAUGUUCAACUUCCCGGAGCGCCCUGGUGCUCUCGAGAAGUUCCUAACGACAUUACGCCUCCGAUACAACAUCAGCCUAUUCCAGUACCGAAACGGCGGCAGUGACGUGGGCAAGAUCCUGACAGGGAUACAAUGUCCCGACGCCGAAGUACAAGACCUAGAGACGUCAUUCCGGGAGAUCGGUUAUCCCUGGCAAGAUUGUACCGAAAGUGCUGUCUUUCAGACCUUUUUAAGAAGUUGA